AUGGUGCUGCUUUACAUAGAGCGCGUCGGUAAGGCAUGUCAUGUUGUUCCUGCUGUUUCUGAUUCAGCUCACUCCGUUCAUGAUGCACAUAGCCAUAUUCCUGACCGUGCUGCUCAGAUUGAUCCUGAUGUUGCUGCUCAGAAUGAUUCUGAACUGCGUGGAAUUUUUGACGAUAUGGAUGAUCCCGUGAACAGAGCCAGUUCGGUUAGUCCGGUGAAACGGACAGGGGGUGCUGAUCUUAAGUAUACCAGAACUAAGCGUAGACGUGUUGCUGAAGCUACUUCAGUAGCGAUUCCUGAUCCUCCAAGACCAACUGCUGCUGUUAUUCCUGCUGUUUCUCAAGCACAAGUAUUGCGUCCUCUGGUGGCUCCUUCCUUAUCCUACAGACUUCCUUCAGAUUCUUCGCUUGUUCGUCGUGUUGAUCUUCUGGAGACUCAGCUCAAUCGAGAUUAUUUUUUGCUUUCUGUGAUUCGCCUAGACUUGUUAGGCAGUGCAGAACCAGAGGUAGAAGCAGAGGAAGAAGUAGAGUUGACGUAUGAGUUUGAACUUCUUCUUAGAUAUUCUGAUUCUGAUGACUCAGAAAAUUCUGAGAAUGCUUCUGCUAAUGAUUCUGAUGAUGAUUCGAGUGAUGAUUCUGAUAGUUCUGAUGAUGGGAAUGAUGAAGGUGUAGCCGAUAGUUCAGACGGUUCUGCUGCUACAACCGAGACAGACACAGAUGAAUCUGCUAAUGAGCGUCGAACUAAGUUGGUUCAUGAUGUCUCUGCUGCUUCCGAAAGUGAUCAUUCACAUCAGUCUUUUGUUCAGGAUGGUGCUGCUUUACAUAGAGAGCGUCGGAGUAAGGCAUGUCAUGUUGUUCCUGCUGUUUCUGAUUCAGCUCACUCCGUUCAUGAUGUACAUAGUCAUAUUCCUGACCGUGCUGCUCAGAUUGAUCCUGAUGUUGCUACUCAGAAUGAUUCUGAACUGCGUGGAAUUUUUGACGAUAUGGAUGAUCCCAUGAACAGAGCCAGUUCGGUUAGUCCGGUGAAACGGACAGGGGGUGCUGAUCUUAAGUAUACCAGAACUAAACGUAGACGUGUUGCUGAAGCUACUUCAGUAGCGAUUCCUGAUCCUCCAAGACCAACUGCUGCUGUUAUUCCUGCUGUUUCUCAAGCACAAGUAUUACGUCCUCUGGUGGCUCCUUCCUUAUCCUACAGACUUCCUUCAGAUUCUUCGCUUGUUCGUCGUGUUGAUCUUCUGGAGACUCAGCUUAUAAAAGAGUAUCAUAAUGGGAUAACUGCAGAAAAUAGAAAUGAACUUUACUCGAUUUCACGAAAUUAG